AUGGAUAAAACAGACAAAAGACAAGUUCUUUGAAGAUGCCAUGAGGAACAGAUGAGCGACAUGUCGUCUACUCCCUUCCUCGGUCCUUUCUGUGUUCCUCAGCAACCAAACUCCGCAGACCAUUUUAGUGCACUGAAACCAGAACUGCCCAAUUAGCUCCACUUGUCAUAAUCAUUCAGAAUGUUGUGGAACUUGAUCUUUGUGUGGAGACACCUACAGAGCCACAUUUUGAGAUUCCGAGAAGCCUUUUCUUGUGUAACACAUUGGUGAGUUUGAAGCUGUUGCUGUCUCAAGAUGUUAGUGCUGUAACUCCCGGCGCAACAUGCUUUCCUUGUCUUAAGUUCCUCCAUGUUACAGUUUGGUGUCCUGAUUCGGGCUCGAUGGAGAAGCUCUUUUCUUGCUGCCCUGCACUUGAACAUUUGAUUUUAGAUGGACAACUUGACGAUGUGUCGGCUUAUAAUAUAAAUAUCUCUGGACCUAAGCUGAAAAGGCUGCAGAUUAGCUUCAUUGUGCAUAAGUUUGAUACAAGAUCUAGUAAUGUUGUGAGUUAUGAUUGCCGAAUAUUUGUUAGUGCUGAUGCUCCAAAUCUUGAAGAGUUGGAUAUCUACUAUGACUUGCUGGUGAGCUAUUCUGUGAAGGAUGCCAAAUAUCUGAGGAAAGCCAAGAUAGAUUUCUUAGAUGUGGAUGAGCUUCACAACCUUCAUUGUUUCCUUGGCCUUGCUGGUCGUGUGCGCAGGCUCGUUGCAGGAAUUGUUAAUGUUAAAUAUCUGUCAGUUUCAGCUGCAAUCUUGGGGGUUCUUGACAUUAGAGAUCAUCAUCUUCUGUCUACUUUAAAUGAUUUGAAGCACUUGGAGCUACAAGUUCAAACAUGUUACUGUUUGCAGUCACUUCCAACUUUGCUCAACCUAUCACCGAAUUUGGAACAUCUUGAGUUUGAAAAUAACACCAAGUUUUGUGCUGAUGACAAUGAGGACGAGUUUGUUCACGGAUGGGAUGCACCAGAGUUGGUGCCUGUUUGUUUGUUUUCACACCUCAAGACUAUAUGCCUACGGGAGCUCAAGGGGUGUCCAAAGGAGAUGGAAAUGGCAAAGUACUUGGUGAAGCACGGCAAGGCUUUGAAUAAGGUGACUAUUUGUACUCGCUUUUGUGAUGAAAAAGAGAAAAAGUUAUUGCCUCCUAUUGCCACCUUAUGCUUGGAAGUUUCAAAGUUCCCUAGGGGUUCAAGGACUUGUGAAAUUGAUUUCCAGACUUUUACCUAG